AUGGGUGGAAGAUCCACAUUCUGUGGAUACACUUUCUGUUUCUUGACCACCGGAUCUGGUCUGAGCCCCUCACUAACACAAAGGAAGGUUCUUGAUGUUGAAUUGAAGCAGUUCCCAACACUACAAACUGACAUAGCAGGAGAAGCCUUAGAAAGAUUCCGUGAAGAUAGCAGGAAAACUGUCAUACGACUGGUGGACAUGGAAUCUAGUUAUCUGAGAGUGGAAUUCUUCCGGAAGCUCCCUACGGAGCCAGAGAAGAGCUCAAAUGCUUCAGGCUCUAAUGCUACAGGCUCUAAUAUGGACCGAUAUUCAGAGAACCAUUUCCAGAGGAUUGGGUCAAAUGUCUUAGCUUAUGUGGGCAUGGUAUGUGAUGCGCUAAAUAAUUCCAUCCCCAAGGCUGUUGUUUAUUGUCAAGUUAGAGAAGCAAAACGCUCACUGCUCAAUCAUUUCUCUGUUCAAAUCGGAAAAAGGAAGGUAAAGUUCCUACCCUUGUCUUGUUGCAUUCUCUACUUUAAUUUAUGGUUCAAGGAAUAG